AUGGAGGGCUCCCGCGACCUCGCGCCGUCUCCUGAUGCGGCUAAGAUGGAGAAGGAAAACAAUAACAAUUCGGUCGAGAAACAGUCGCGAGAUGGAGAAAGCUCAGAUGAGAAGAUCACAUACCCAUCAAUCUUUAUCCGUGUCGUGGUUGUGGUCAGCCUCAUGCUUGCAACCUUUCUGAUUGCAUUGGAUAUGAGUAUCAUUGGAACCGCUAUUCCUCAGAUUACAACCGAGUUCAACAGCAUGGCGGAUGUGGGUUGGUACGGCAGUGCAUUCUUCAUCACGUUAGCUGCCUUUAUUUCGGCGUGGGGUAAGGCCUACAAGUACUUCUCCCUGCGAGUUGUUUACGUGCUGGCCAUUUUCAUUUUCGAAGUCGGCAGCUUGAUCUGUGCGCUCUCGCCAAACAGCAUCGCCCUCAUCGUCGGCCGAGCCAUCCAGGGCCUUGGAGCCGCCGGCGUGGCUAAUGGCGGCUACACCAUCACCGCCUUCAUUGUCCCGCUCCACGUGCAGCCUAUUGUGGUCGGCUUGAUGGGGUCCGUGUUCACGGUGGCCAGUAUAGCGGGUCCCUUACUUGGAGGUGCCUUCACUUCCGAAGUGACCUGGCGUUGGUGCUUCUACAUCAACCUGCCCAUCGGCGGCGUCAGCAUCUUCUGCAUGCUCAUCUUCUUCCGCACCCCAGCCCGUGCUAAGUUGAGCCAAGGCACUCACAUCAGGGAGAUUCUCAUGAGUUUCGACCCUAUCGGCUCUGUCUUGAUGUUUUCGGGCGUGCUCUGCUUCUUCCUGGCCGUUCAGUGGGGAGGUGUUGCGAAGCCGUGGAACUCAUCCACAGAAAUCGGUCUGUUGGUUGGGUGUGUCGUUCUAAUGGCCCUCUUCUUCGUCAAUGAGUGGUACCAAGGUGACCGUGCCCUUAUCGUAUACCGUAUCCUACGAAGGAGGUCGAUCGGUGCUUGUUCCGGUUUCAUUUUCUUCCUCAACGCUGGUAACAUCGCAUUGCAGUACAAUCUGCCUAUCUAUUUCCAAGCGAUCCAGGGUGACUCGGCUAUUCAGAGUGGUAUCAAGAUGAUUCCGUCAAUUCUAGCGACAGCGCUUUCUACUGGUGUUGCCUCGGGUGUUAUGGGCAAGCUGGGAUUCUUCCAGCCUUUCAUUCUUGCUUCAGGUAUCUUCGCUACUGUCGGUGUUGGCCUGAUCUAUACCUUUGACCUCAACGUCGGAAUCGGUCCCAUCAUUGGGUACCAGAUUCUGUACGGUAUUGGCUGCGGUCUGGGUGUCCAGACUCCUAACCUGGUGGCUACCGUGACCAGCCCUGCGGAGGACGUGUCCAUUGCCGUCUCCACCGUUUCAUUCUUUAUGCUACUCGCCGGUGGCUGGGGCGUCGCUGUAUCAGACGCUAUCACCAACAACAUCCUGCUGAAGAGACUGGCUCACUACGUGCCUGACGUCAGCCCUGAGGCAGUCCUUGCCGUUGGUGCGGCCGGCAUCAAGGACGCGUACAAGGGCGACGUGCUCAUCGGCGUGAAGAAGGCGUAUCUUGAUGGUCUGCACGCAAGUUGGGCUCUUGCGAUCGCUGCCUUCGGCGUCACCUUUCUCUGGGCUCUCAUCCCAAAGUUCCCCGGCAGACUGACGCCUCCAGGUGGAAAUGCUGACCAGUCGAAGGGGGACUCAAGCGACAAGAGUGCAGUCGAAGGGGCGGUUACUUCUGUGUAA